AUGACCACAUGGGUCCUCCGCAAUGGUUCAACGGCUAAGGACGAUCUGAUCACUUGGUGGCAUGACCAGAACACUCAAGAGAAGAAGGAGCUCAAAGACGACGGAACCGUUGUCCGCUCACCAAUUUUUGAAGUCUCUGUGUGGAGUGCAAGGUCUGACAGCCAACCAAAGAAGCCGUUUCCCUACUUCUCAUGGCCCCGGAUGGGGCGGCAAAAAUGGGGCUACUCCAAGGAGGAUGGCGCCGAGGACUUCGACAGGAAUGAAUGCACAUGCACAUGGGCGCACUUUCUUUAUGGAAGUGAUGUGUGGGUAGAAGUGACAGUCUUGGGUACGGUGGAUCAUCCCGACAUUGCCAGCCGGGUUGUGAUUCGUCCAAGAGGUGUUGGGAAACCAGCUGGCAGCGGAUAUUGGCUACCUGAAGCACCAUCGAGGAACACCGUCAAGUUCAAGAUUCCCUACAGCCCGGACGGUCUCCGCUUCUCCAUUGAGUUCGGCUGGGAGAUCUUCACCUUCAGGUACGAAGGUAAAGACAUCGCUGAAGUCCCGCGCAACAGCUUGAUCAUAUUCGCCGAGCCUGUCGAAAAGCAGAUCAGGCCAGAGGAUGUUCUCUCAGCUGCCGAGCUGGACUCCAAAGUGUAUUACGUGGACCCUGACAAGGACUCUCUGAAUCUCGACUCAGUCCGCAAGCCUAUCAUCUACUUCCAGCCUGGUGUGUAUGCCAUGGCCUUCGACUACCAUGCAUACCUGAACAAUGAGAUCGAAUGGGUCUACCUCGCACCUGGAGCCUACAUCAAGGGCGCGUUUCAGUUCCGUGGUGAGAAGGGGAAAACGCCGAAGAAGCUGCUGAUUACAGGAGCUGGGACUUUGUCUGGAGAGAAAUAUGUCUAUGAGUGCGACAAGGAGAACGAGUACAAAACGCGGCCACAGGAUCAAGCAGGAGGAUACGAAGGUCGCUGCCUGAAGAUGUUGGAAUUCUAUUCGCCUGAGGGCAUGAACCAGGAGCUUGAGGUGCAUGGCAUCACCAUGACCAACCCGCCCUUCCAUACCUUCACAGUUUACGGUGCCUUGGACAAGGCCGACUCCAAGUUUGCCGUCAGAAUGAGCAACUAUCACUUGGUGGGGGUCUGGUAUUACCAGACAGACGGACCCGAGGUUCCAAGCUGGUCAGUUGUGCAGAAUUCCUUCUUGCAGACGGGGGAUGACUGCAUCAAACUCUACUGGAGCCACGUUGUGGUGAGGAAUAUUACAACAUGGUUUCAAGGCAAUGGAGGCCUCAUCCAAUUUGGCUGGAAGCCACGCAACCUUGCGCAAAUCACUUGUGAGGAGGUGGACGUCAUACAUGACCUUUCUCGCUACAGAGAACACAACUGCGCCAUCAUCUGCGCUGCGGAUCUGAUCUCUGAGCAUGAUGAUGAGAAGGCUCACGAGUGCUGCAUUGAAAGCCUGACAUUGAAAGACAUCCGCGUUGAGGGCAAGUGCAUGUGUCCCAUUCGCAUUGCCGUGCAAUCCCAGAUUCGCAAGAUCAAGAUAGAGCGGCUGUGGAUAGACCAGUGGGACGGCUCAGAUGAUCAAUGUGGUCUUAAGGAUUUCGACAAAAAUCCACGCGUCACGCAAUAUUUUGAGGAGUUGGACAGGCAUAUUUUCCUUGAGAUCCUGGAUUUUCGGAUUGGCAGCCGGACGGUCACCCAAGCCAACUCACAAGCUUUGGGUCGAAUGGCUUUCGACAGCCUCUUUGAUGGAAAGUGGGCCCUCAUGCCUCAUGGUGGCGUUUUGCCUGCCUCGGCUAGUCGGUACCUCCCAGAUGAAGUUUAG